AUGUCGCAAAAAAACGGAAUUGCCACCCUACUACAAGCUGAAAAAGAGGCCCACGAAAUAGUAUCAAAGGCCAGAAAGUACAGACAAGAUAAGUUGAAGCAAGCCAAGACUGAUGCAGCCAAGGAAAUCGACUCAUACAAAAUUCAAAAAGAUAAGGAAUUGAAGGAGUUCGAACAAAAAAAUGCCGGUGGUGUUGGUGAAUUAGAAAAGAAAGCUGAAGCUGGUGUGCAAGGUGAAUUAGCUGAGAUUAAGAAAAUUGCAGAAAAGAAAAAAAAUGACGUCGUCAAGAUUUUGAUCGAGACUGUCAUCAAGCCUUCUUCUGAAGUCCAUAUCAAUGCCUUGUAA